AUGCAAGAACCUUGCCAGAAUCCCAACCAAAGCAUGUUCAGCAUCGAUGCUUUGCUUUCUUCAUCAAGAAGACAAGAAUACGAGGGAAGCUUUCAACAGUUUUUACCACGAUGGCAAACGCCUGCAAAUUUUGGUUACACUUCCAGCAGAGUGCCUGAUUUCCAGCCCUUUGGAGGUAAGUUUAAUAUACAGAUGUAGAAAUAAUUUCCUUGUUUUGUGCAAAAUAUCUAUUUCGUAAAGCUGGCAUUGUAUGUGGCAUAUUUCAUGAUUUUUGAGGGUGAUUGAGUAUAGCAUAGUGCGCUUUGUCUUGCCGAGACCUUGGUUGAAAAACGAGGUCGUUUUACCGAGGGUUUUUACUCAGUUAAGGUUUACUUGCAUUUUGUAUGGUCUGGUGGGGUGAUGCGCCCGAAACCAAAGCCGGUUUCAGACGAGCAAGUUUUCUGUGAGAAAUUUUCAUGAUAGGUUUUAUUUUCUCGCGUGUUUACAGGCAACUUUGUCAAGUUUUUCUGCGAAAGUCCACUCUUGAGCUGACAUACUAGCUUUUGAACGAGUGUAUUUGUCAUAGAAAAAAAUUCACAAAGUACAAAUCUUGUUCAUCGGCUUCCGUUGGUAGGGAUGCAACUACCUGAAAAUAAUAUAAGAAGAAUUUCGACGUUUCGAGCAGAGGCCCUCGAUUAAUGUCGAAAUUCUCCUUAUAUUUUUCAGAUAGUUGCAUCCCUAACAACGAAAGCUUGUUGAUUUUAUUUGCACUACCUACAAAUCUUAUUCGUUUGUUUGGGUUCACAAAGAAGAUUUGGCAGGGUAAUUUGAACGCUUGGAUACGGACUGUGGCAGUGCAUGAUUUGUUGUUGUAAUAUAGCGUAAAAUAGCUAUCGUACAUGGGCAGUCAGAAAACCAAAAACUUGUCAUGGAAAAUAUGUUGUACGUUCGCACGUGAAACCAGCAAAUAAAACUUGCCACAUGAAAUUUAUCAUAGAAAAUUUGCUCCUAAAUUGAUUGCUUUCAUACGUUUAGUUUUCCUCUCAAAACAAAGAUGAAUUAUAUACACCUAGGUCUAAUUUAUUGCAUGCACAGGUUACACAAUAUAGAGUUCGUUUGGUGGAACAUUUUUGCAAAACAAAAUAGCGAAAGAAAACCCAAUUAAAUUUCCCUAGCGAGUGUCUCACAAAACAAGGAAAUUCAAAAUGCUAGCUGCAAAAACAUGAAAAUACAACUGACUGGUUAAAAUGAAGCCCGCGCCGAGCUCUGUUCGCAUACCAGGUAAAUCUCGCAGCAACAACUGGGACUCUAAUUCUACCUUCAGUAGAGAAUAGCACAUUUAGAAUUCCAUAGUAUAGCAUUGACUUUACUCGCUGGCAAAAUCACUUCUUUAAAGUUGUAUACCUGCGUCGGAAUAUCAAUCAAGAGGAUGUAUAUUUUAAUUUGCGUGCAUGAUUAGCCGCGAGGACAUGUCUUGCGCAUAUUUUGCGCAUUUACAAGUUCAUUGAAUAAUUCGCGUUUUUCUACACAAAUUCACUGGGUAUACAGCCGUCAAUUCGCUGCGGUAUAGCGUCAGCCUUGUUGGUUGAGUAAUUGUGGGCUUGAGUCAGGUUUAUCGUGAACAAUACAAUGUUCCAAAUGACUUUGAAGAAAAUUCAAAAGAAACGAUUGUUUAUAAUCAAUAUCUGCAAAUGGAAUACAGAUUUCAUCUUGAUUCACAUAAAAAUUUACUGUAGGUUCAGUAUUCACGAAUGAAACAUUCACAUAGUCUAAUAUGCAAAUCUGACUUACUCGCUUCGUAUAUAUUACAAACCUUUUGAAAGAGCUAUUAAAAACGCAAAUAACAAUUAGCUGUAACAUGUAUAUAACAUAACAAUGUGUGAAAAGCCAACACGAGUUAUAUAACAAAAUACACUUCUCGUGAAGAUACAUGCUGGGUUUAACAAGGUUUUGUUUCUAAACUGUCCCGCAGUUAACAACUGAGCUUAAGUUGUUUAGAUGUUUUCACAUGUGAAAUCUCCUGCUUGGCGUUAAAUGUGCGUUUGUUUUUAAUCCCCAGAUUUUUUAAUCCCUACUUUACUAGUUCAGCUUCCUACAGAGAGUUAACUGCGUUUUUAUGAUGUCAGGGCUUACACAGUGGUUAAAAUAUCCCAUUAAAGGUCGUCCCUUUCACUAAGAGUUGUACGUAUAUAACGAGGCAUUUUAACGGACGACACCUGACAAAUUAUAUACAUUGUACAGCAUUGGGUCCGAAUUAUGCAUAUAUAAACUUUUCAAAGCCUUCAAACAAUAUAGCUAGCCAAAAUAUAGUUUAUGAUCAACAAUCGUAUUCUUGAAGACAGGAAUGAUAUUUUGGUGGGAAAAUGAAUUUAAAGUUAUGUAUAUCAGCAGGGUUUUGUAUCAGACCGUGAUCAGACAAACUCCUUCGCAGUCAUGAUUUCUAAAACGGUGUUUUCUUCAUUAAUAAUUCAUGGUUGCAAUUUAAUGAGUAUAAAAUCUCAGACUGAAAGACUGCUAGUGAAUUAUGCUUGGUCAAAUUCACUUUUCAAAAACAUUCCGCUCCAAAAAGCAAGAUCCAUCUUUCAACUCUAUUUAUUAGCAACCAAAUAUACAAGACAGUGUACCACAUCUAAUGAAAGGAAUUGAUAUUAUAUUCUCACUCCGAUAACUUCAGCUUGGCCACAAUCUACCUCAUGAUAAUGCGCAGUAAACAUCUAUUGGGUCGUGACUUAGAGCGAGUUGUUUAUAAUUUAAAUGUUGCAGUUUCAUAUUUGAUUCAACUUAGUUCCGUAUUUUCACCCUCCCUGACAACGCCAAUCUUUCAACGUGAUAAUAAGUUCGUUUCAAGGGGCCGUGAAAGUGCGUACAGUGCAUGAUAUUGAUAUUUUUAAAACGUUUUGCCUCGAUUGCCGCCAUGUCUCAAUGAUUGAUAAAUGAAUUUCAUUUGCGAGAUCUUUCAUUCAACAAUGCGCAUGAUGAUUGCUUGCCAUAUCAGGCAAUAAACACCGAUAUUUUUAAGAUAAGUUUAUUUCUAAAGUAAACUAGCUAUAGACGUCUUUAACCAUAAUAACCAUCUUUUGUUAUUUGGAUUGCAUUGCAAAUCGUGAAAAAUGUUGCAUUUUGGACUACAUUGUAUGUUUGUCGUGAUACAGUAUGACACUAGUUUUGCUCCUCUAUAUAGGCCAGAGAAACGAGUCUGGAGACGUCAUAUACAGUAUAUAGGUAAAGAUAGUUUAAUUUAGGUUUCCUCCUGUAGUAAUACUGGAUCAAUAAGGGAUGAUCCUAUAACUGGACCUCUGGGAAGAACAGUUUAGAACUGAUAGAGUUAUCCAGUGUAAAUAAAGUUAGGUUAGUUUAGGUUUCCUUCUGUAGUAACACUGGAUCAAUAAGCGAUAACUUUUACUGGACCUCUAGGGGGUUAUCCAGAAUAAAAGAGUUAGUUUAAUUUGGGCUUCCUCAAUCUCGUGUAUAUAGUAACACUGGAUAAUUAUAAGGAAUGACUCUUACUGGACCUCUACUCUAGUAUAGGGAGGACAGUUUAGAACUGCGGACAGAACUAUAUCAAGUAUAAUUAAUUUACUUCUAAGAUCGCAUGGAAGACCUUGCUCACUAUAUUGUUGCUAAAUUUCUGAAUCGGUCGGGGUGGCCUGGCCGCUUCUUAAUAAGAUUACUCGGUGCAAAGUUUAGUCUAACAGGAUUUUCUGAGUAUAAAGUUCGCCAUUAUGCAGCGGAAAUUUCCUGCUAUUAAAAUAAGCAAUGUUCGUUAUCACAGCCAGCGCGCAUUCCUCGCUCCGUCAGACGCCUGUUAGAACAGCAGUAAGGCGAGCGUUUCAACAUUAAUGUGCUCAAUUACAUCUCUAAGUGCAUGCAGAUGGCACGAGCUAUAAAACCAUAGCUUUCUGGAGUUUUCCUUCUAAUGAAUGCAUUCAUAACAUAAUGCUGUAAAUUGAAGGAAUAAUGGUAACUUUCCAUUCACAUUGCAUGGUAGCACAAUCGUGAAUGGAUGCAUACAGUAUAUUUUCACCAUUGUGAUUAGAUUCCUGCAACAUGGCACAACUGAGUUGUCUCAUUCAAUCAGCCAUUUCCUAAAGUCCUGGGUCGGGGGGACACGAACUAUGGCAGCACACAUUUAAAUUAAAAGUUUAAUGUAAAAAGGAGAAAUUUCAUUUUUGGUCGUCUAAAAAGUUGAUAGUAGAUACUUCUUCUAGUCUUUCACAUCUUUGACGCAUGUCACCAUAUAUCAGUUUUGUCCCUCCAAACGAUCCCAGAAUGCACUGCGAUCUCUUUUGGAAAAAGACUAAUUUGAUUGCUUCGCCACGGUCACAUGAGAAAAAAGUGUUUUAAGUUUGAAUCUCUUAAACACCGCAGCUUUUCCCAUGCAUGCAGAUACCCCGUGCUCAAUCUAUUUUUACUCAGGAGCUAAAUUGUAUCGGCCAGUGGUAUAUAUCCACAUUGCCACAGUAAUACCAAACAAGGCCUUCAUAAUUUCCUUUGCAACCGUCAUUUUAUUUGUAACAUAAUAAAUUAUCAUGAUUUUUUUGUGCAUGUGUUUUUGAUGUUAUGUACUCAGGCGAAUAUGUUUCUGAUGUUACUCUGAGUGUAUAUUCACACCGGGCAGGCUGUAAAGUUUACCUGACAACGGUGGGAAUUGAAAAAGGUCUCGGGUUCGAUUCCCACCGUGGUCAGGUAAACUUUUCAGCCUGCCCAGAAACAUAGAACUCGCUGCUAUAAUAAUUAGUUAGUUGGGCAAAAAUACAAUACACACGUGACGGUGAAGAACCAGAUUUAUGAAAACACGUUGACUAACAUAGAUAAUGGAAUGAGUUUUAUUUUAUAGUAGAGGGCGUGAGAUACUGAAAAAUACACAGUGAGAUAUUUUCCAAAUCUUCAGUAGUGAAGAUAUCGAUCACGUGGCGUUUUCCAAUUUGCUUUUGAGCGUGAAAUUUCACAAUUGUUUGCUUGGGACUAUAUAAUAAACAGAACAUUACACGGUGGCUUGAAGAUAUGACUUUUAUCUUCUCGUGUUAAAAACAAUAUUUUUUUCACCACUCAAAGAUAAAAGUCAUGCAAUAUCCUCUAUAUAUUGUUAUUCUAAUGAGUUUCACAGCCAUCUUCCCUUCGAUAGGCUAUGGCUUACUCUCCCCGGGAAGUGUCUGUUGAUCACAUUCUUCCAUUUAAUUUAGGUUCGGGAAGAGAACGCUUGCACCAUCACAACGAUAUUGCAGAUGAGGUCACCAAACCAUCCGACAACCAUGUUUUUGACACCACCUACCCUUACAGCCAGCAUACCAGCAGCAACGACGACACAAACAGCAAUACAAGCAACAAUGUAAACAACAACAACACGAACAGCGAGUCUCGAAGCAGGGAAGGAAGUACUAGUGAUAGCGAUUCCAAAGACAACAAAUCUCGCCGAAGAAGGACGGCGUUCACGAGCGUUCAACUGAAAUGUCUGGAAGAAACGUUUCAAGCGAAUAAAUAUUUGACGACCAUGGAACGCGAUAGACUGGCACGAGCUUUGAAUUUGAGCAAAAAACAGGUUAGUAUCACUGACUUUAGAACAGUGGCAUGAAUGAAUCUGGGCUAACUUGCCCUCUAGGAAGAACAGUUUAGAACUGAUAGAACUAUCCAGUAUAAAUAAAGUUAAUUUAGUUCGCCGGGUUUCUUUUGCAGUAACACUCAAUCAAUAGGAGCUGAUCCUUACUGGACCUCUAAGGAGAGCAGUUUAGAACUGAUAGAGCUAUCCAGUAUAAAUAAAGUUAGCUUAGUUUAGGGUUCCUCCUGUAGUAACACUGGCCAUGAGGAUCAGUAAGAGAUGUUCCUUACUGUACCUCUAGGGAGAAUAGUUUAGAACUGAUAGAGCUAUCCAGUAAAAUAAAUAAAGUUAGUUUAGUUUAGUUUAGCUUUCCUCUUCCUUGUCAUAACAACGGAAGAAGAAAGAUCAGAUGACAGAAUAGAACCUUGACAAAUUUUCCUUUUUCUUUCAGGUGAAAACGUGGUACCAAAACAGACGUACAAAAUGGAAACGGGAAAGUCUCGGAGAUCCACUCCAAUCCUUCGCCGUCCCUCCUAAUGCCCAAGCCUAUCUGCGCAUACCACGGCCACCGUGUCAAGGUCACUAUGCCUCGUGUAACCCCUACAGUCUUGGAAAUCCCGUGUGUCCCUGUUAUUUUCAUCGCUAUAACUCGUACGAAGUUCGUGGACCUUCGUAUAAUGUUCGACCACCUCCACCGUCGGUCAAUCUAUCACUGUCGUCAAUGCCCGGAAUGGCUUCGAGUUAA